AAGCUAUGGGUUGUCCUCAUUUAUUAGGCCGUAAAUUAUCCUCUUGUACACGUUCUGGAGUACCAUUCGAUCAUCUUGGAGUGGUAUCUCUAAAGCUUGUCGUUUGUGAGAUCCAUCUUGUUACAAAUAGCUUUCAGUUCAAUCGCACAUUCAUAUUUCAAAGAAAGAGUAAGAGAAGCAGGAAUCGUCUAGCAAAAUAUUUGGAAGUCUUUUCUGUUUUUGGGGCAGCUCUGUGUCAACCCUUUUCAAGUCAGAACCAGCUGAAAAAUUGAAUUUUCUAGGUAACUUCCUGUAGGUGUAGAUUUAGUUACUCAGAGUUUCCCAGUUAUAGGUUAUAGAGGAUGGCUUACAUGACAAUGACAGCAAGUAGCCAGAGCCUGCAUUUCUUUAACUUCGCUUCUUCUCAAGAAUGCAUAACUGUGAGGAGCUGUUUCAAAUUGACGCCAUUUAAAAAUUGUCAUGGAGCCAAUUUGAAUUUGCCCUCACUUGGUGAGGUUAAUUGCCAUCUGAAACUUGGGUCAUUGCCAUACAAAAAGAAUUCAGUGUCACCUAGAUCCACAAGGACGGUGGCCCAGAUAGUUACAGAGAGGGAGAACGGUCGGGCUGUUGGGUUUGAUUUCAACGAUUACAUGCGGUCCAAGGCUGAGGCAGUGGACAAGGCACUGGAUAAGGCAAUACCACUUGAAUAUCCUGAAAAAUUACACGAAUCAAUGAGGUAUUCUCUUCUAGCAGGAGGUAAGCGAGUCAGGCCUGCUCUUUGCAUUGCAGCAUGUGAACUUGUGGGAGGGACUCAGGAUGUGGCCAUGCCAACUGCCUGUGCAAUGGAGAUGAUUCAUACCAUGUCUCUGAUUCAUGAUGACUUGCCUUGCAUGGACAAUGAUGAUUUCAGAAGAGGGAAGCCCACAAAUCAUAAGGUCUUUGGUGAGAAUACUGCUGUUCUUGCAGGGGAUGCUCUGCUUUCUUUUGCAUUUGAGCAUAUUGCAGUGGCUACAAGCAAGGCUGUGUCUAGUGAUAGGAUUUUGAGGGUGAUAUCAGAGUUGGGUAAGACAAUAGGCUCUCAAGGGCUUGUAGGAGGGCAGGUAGCUGAUAUUUCAUGUGAGGGAGACUCUUCUGUUGACCUAAAGACUCUGGAAUGGAUUCAUAUACACAAGACCUCUGUGCUCUUGGAAUGUUCAGUUGUGAGUGGAGGGAUUCUUGGUGGUGCUACAGAGGAGGAGAUCGAGAGGAUUAAGAGGUAUGCUCGCUGUGUGGGACUUCUGUUUCAGGUUGUGGAUGACAUACUUGAUGUCACUAAAUCUUCAGAAGAAUUGGGUAAGACGGCAGGGAAGGAUUUGCUUACCGAUAAGGCUACCUAUCCCAAGUUGAUGGGUCUGGAGAAAGCAAAAGAAUUUGCUGCCGAAUUGGCGAGCAGAGCCAAGAAAGAGUUAUCUUGUUUCGAUCCAGUAAAGGCUGCACCUUUGUUGGGUCUUGCAGAUUACAUUGCAUUCAGGCAAAACUGAUAAACAGAACUGUAAAAAAGUAUUGUUUUUUUCUGUAGUCAAAAACUUAGCAAAUAACUUUUUUAAGUUUGUAUCAUCUGAGGGUCAAAAUAACAAAGUAAAAAGGCUGCAAUAACAAUGGAAGACAGUUUGUUAUUGUAGUCCUUUGUGGUUGAUCCUAAACUGCUUCUGUUUUUUAUGGGUAAAUGCCCCUGAUCAAUAAUCCUUUGCCAUAUCUUUCCAUGGCUCCUUUUGGAUCAGUUUGAUGAAGGUUAUGUUUUAGUGA